AUUUAAAUGGACACACUUUUUUCUAUGUUUGAUUCAUUCAUAAGAUCAAAUUUGUCUUAUUAUCCUAUGAGUUAACAAGGAUAUAUAGUGGAAUGUUGGGAAUAAUUUUUGAGUUUGUUGUAAACUUAGCCAUUAGAUUAUGGGAAAAUAUAUUCACCUAAUAAAUCAAAUGCAUGAGAUAGAUAAGUAUGAAAGAUAGAGUUCUACUCAAAGAUAAGCAGCCAGGAAUCUCACAGCUGCAUCCUCUCCCAGAAUAAUUUCUUCAUAAUAAAAAAAUUCUAAUAAUUUAUUACAGAAAUUUUCAUAGUUAGACAAUGCAACAAGUCCAAAAAUCCAGCUCUCGAAUCUCACUAGUUAACAAUCUUUAGUAAAUAAAUAGAAAGUUAAACUAUAUACUGAAGAUUUCAAUCGACAUCUACUACUAAGUAAAAUCAAAGAAUUAAUGUUUAAUUAAUCAGUCUCCACAGAUAAACUAUAUGCAAUGGCAAGAAUAUAGUAGCAUAGUACAUCUAAAUCGCCUUUAAAAUAUGCCCCAACAAAAACUAGAGGAAAUAAUCAUUCUGCUGAGCAUUACAGAGCUUGAUUAUUUUUAAUUUAUUUUCCUUUGUAAUUUAAUAUUACUAGAAUUAAAAAAA